GAUAUUGUUGCUCUGGACUGCGAACCGGAAUCGUUGACUACUGCUGAACUGGAACAGUCAGUUCGACUAUCGGAAUUUCGGCUACAAACCAACUUGGCCGCACUGGUAAAAAUUCAGAACAAGGAAGACCAUGUAAAAGAAUGGCUUAAGUCGACCAAUGAGGCUGUAUCCCGCGGGGAGUACACACCAUCCGAGGGUCCUUUGUCACCUCAGGUUGACACAGUAUGUUCGUUUACCGAAUCCUCAGGACCAUGUUCACCGACCCUGAACUCCAUCAUGGAGCAGAAAAUGGAAACUAACGCCACAGUGACGAAUUCAACUGGUGCGUAA